AUGAAGCAUAUAAGAAAUUUAUUGUUAAUAUUCGCCCUUAUUAACUCAGUUUGCUAUUCGAAGAAAGCCCCCAAAUUAGAGGACGAAAUUUAUAUAGACUCUUUAGACAAGAAUUUAUCCGAAAGUGAAAAGGAAAAAAAAAUGGAAAUUUGUUUUGAACUAACUCAAAAAGAAUUGAUAGAGAAACGUGAAUUUUAUCAGAAGAUAGCAGCUUCAAUAAAAGAUCAAGAAUCAAUAACUCCAGAUGAUGCAAUUAGAGCACUUUUCCACCAAAAUCUCGUUACUUGCUACUUCAACUUUGAUAUGCAAGAUAUGAAUUCUGUUAUUAAUGGAAAGGCGUCAAAAGAAAGUAUAAUGAAAAUCUUCAGUGCUAAUAAAAAUACCCCACUAAAAUUUUCAUCAUAUCAAUUAAAAAUUCUUGAACGUGUCAUUUCACAAAAAACAAAAAAUACAAGUGAAAAAACUUCCAGAAAAAUUGUAAAGCAAUUAAGUGGGUUUUAUGGAUAUUUAUAUUUUGUUUUCGCACUACUUGUAAUUGUGCUUUCAUUUUAUUUUGCCCUAAAUCGUCUGAAUAAAAGCAUUAAAGGCGCUACAAAGAAAAAAAUUAAGAAUAAUUAG